GAUCACCUCACCCGCACACCAUCCCUUUGGCCCUGUUUGGCUGCCCCUACAACAGGGUUAGGGCCACAUCAAACCUUGUCCAAAAACUGCCCAGUCUCACGCAGUCCGUUGAUCCCAAGCAAGCAGUCCCGCACGCCACCACCGACACCCACUCCGACGACCGCGAUGGCCCCCACCAAAAAGUCCAAGGCUGCAAAGUCCACCGAGAGCAUCUCCUCCCGUCUCGCCCUCGUCGUCAAAUCCGGCAAGUACUCCCUCGGAUACAAGUCCGCCCUCAAGCAGAUGCGCAGCGGCAAGGCCAAGCUGGUCCUCAUUGCCGGCAACUGCCCCCCGCUCCGCAAGUCCGAGCUGGAGUACUACGCCAUGCUUUCCAAGACGUCCGUGCAUCACUUUGCGGGCACGAACGUCGCACUCGGCACUGCUGCCGGAAAGCUCUUCCGUGUUGGUGUGAUGACCGUCUCCGACCCCGGAGACAGCGAUCUUCUCACCGUCGCCGAGGGUCAUGCCGCAUAAAAGCACUCUGCGUGCUUUCUAUGACCGAGGGGUACGCGAGUUGUCUAGUUUAUGCUACGCUUGUAUGAUGUCCAUCCUGCUAUCGAUUCACCUCGUUAAGCACAGGCUGUGCUCUUUCCGCACUUCUCCUAUCUGCACAACUUUCAUCGCAUGCUCGUAUGCAAGGGACGACUAACUGCAACUCAUUCUUGCAUCUUGUAUCUAGCGCCCAAUCUGCGCGCGCUACGUGUUUCCGCAGCAUCUUGAUCCCAGUGCUCAGCACCAACCCGAAGGGCUUCCGCUACCAUGCCCGUGCU